GAAUUUUUCGACUCUGCUCGCGCAGACUUGCCGCGCUACGCAAGGGCGGCCCCGCCCGGCCGCUUGUGGAAUUGCUCGAGGGCCGGCCGCGUGCGCAACCUGAAGAUCUCCCACCGCAUUCUCCUCGUCUCGCUGAUCGCCCUGGCGGGCUUCCUGGCCGUUGCCGGCGUGACCCUGUGGUCGGACGCCGCCGGCGAGCGCACGGCGCGGCUGCGCGCCGAGGCCUUCGCAGAGGUCACCCUCGUGCGCGGCAUUGCCGAGGGGCUCGCCGAGCUUCGCGGGCACGAGCUGGAGUUCCUGCGCCGUCAGGACCCGGCCGCGGCCGAGGCCCAUCGGCGCCACGGCGAGGCGGUGCGCGACAAGCUGUCGGCCCUGCAGGACCGGCUUGCGGGCGCGGACGCCGAGACGCUGGCCGAGAUUGCGCGGGUCUUCGACGCCUAUCGCGACAGCUUCGCCGGCGCGCUCGCCCUCCGGCAGCGGCUGGGCCUCGACGAGACCCAGGGGCUGCGGGGCGAGCUUCGGGCCGCCGUACACGCGGCCGAGGCGCAGAUCGAGGCGCAGUUCGCCCAGGGCCUGAUGGUGCAGCUCCUGCAGCUCCGCCGGGCCGAGAAGGACUUCAUCAUCCGGCUCGAGCCCGACGAUGUCGGCAAGCAUGGCGAGAUCGUCGGGCGCUUCGUCGAGGCGGCGGAGGCCCUCAGCUACAUUCCGGCCGAAACGCGGGAGAACCUGGUGGCCGCGGUCGAGUCCUACGGCGCGCGUUUCGUCGCUUUCGCCGAGACCCGGCGCGAGCUGGAGGCCCGGACGCAAGAGCUCUCGCGGCUCUAUGGCCUGGUCGCGCCGCAGCUCGCCGCCCUGCGGGAGCGGCUGGAGCGACGCUACAGCGACGCCGCGGCGGUGGACGCCGCGCGGGAUGCGCGCGCCUUUACCAUCACCCUGGGCCUGAUCGGCGUCAUCGGCCUGCUGGUCGUGGCGGUCAGCAUCCUGAUCGGCCGCUCGAUCACCGCGCCGCUGCGCCGCCUCACCGUCGGGAUGCAGCGCUUGGCCGAGGGCGACAAGACGGUGACGGUGGACACGCGCGGCCGCGACGAACUGGCCGAGAUGGCGCGCACCGUCGGGGUCUUCCGCGACUCCAUGCUCCGCAGCGCGGAGCUGCAGGCCGAGGCCGCGGCGCGCCAACAGGCCGACCUGGACCGAGCCCACCGGCUGGAGCAGGUGACGGCCCAGUUCGACCGCGACGUCCAGUCCCUGCUCGAGGAGCUGGGCCGGGCGGGGGCCGGCCUGCAGACCACCUCGCAGGAGUUGGGCGAGACCUCCGCCGCCUCCGAGCAGCAGGCCGGCAGCGUCGCCUCCACCGCCGAGGAGACCUCCGCCAGCGUCGAGACCGUGGCCGCCUCGACCAACCAGCUCUCCUCGUCCAUCGGCGAGAUCUCGGGCCAGGUCGCCAAGGCCUCGGACGUCGCGCGCGACGCCGCCCGCAAGGCGGGCGAGACCUCCCAGGUGGUCGAUGCCCUGAACGAGGCGGCCGAGCGCAUCGGCGAAAUCGUCUCGCUGAUCUCGGAGAUCGCCGAGCAGACCAACCUGCUGGCGCUCAACGCCACGAUCGAGGCGGCGCGCGCCGGCGAGGCGGGCAAGGGCUUCACCGUCGUUGCGACCGAGGUGAAGUCGCUGGCCGGACAGACCGCCAAGGCCACGGAGGACAUCGCCGGCCAGAUCCAGGCGAUCCAGCAGCGCACCGCCAAUGCCGUCUCGGCGAUCCGCGAGAUCACCCAGCGGGUCGGCGACAUGGAGGGCAUCACCGCCAGCGUCGCCGCCGCCAUCGAGGAGCAGAACUCCGCGACCAGCGAGAUCUCCAAGACCAUCGAGGAGGUCGCCACCGCGGCCCAGCGCAUGAGCGCCACCGUCGGCGACGUCAGCGCCGCGGCGCAGAGCACCGGCCGCUUGGCCGGCCAGGUCCUCGACGCCUCGGUGAAGGUCAACGAGCAGUCGAGCGGGCUGGGCGCGCGAAUCCAGGGCUUCCUGCAGGCUGUGAAGGCGGCGUAG